AUGGCGACCGGUGGAGUUUAUCCUAUGGAUAUGCAACAGCUACCGGAGCAACCAGAGACUCCCACCAGAGGUGGUGGCUUUGGCGCAGAGAUCAUGAAGAUGUUUCAACCUGCUGGCCCUAAGAAGAUCACUCGAGAGGGCCAGGAGCCAAAACGCCGAGGGCCCAAGCCCGACAGCAAGCCAGCCUUAACUCGUCGACAGGAGUUGAACCGCCAGGCCCAAAGAACCCAUCGCGAGCGAAAAGAACAGUAUAUGCGAGCACUGGAGACCGAGGUGUCUCGACUACGAGAGGCCUAUACGAACGAAAUAUCCGAUGCGAACGUCACGAUUCAACAACAGAAGGAGGUGCUCCAUACAAUGCGCGAUGAAAAUGAAAUCCUGAAGGAAAUCCUGAUUGCCAACGGAAUUCAAUUCGAACCUGAGCUAGAGCGACGUCGGGCCGAACGGGCUGCUGCCGGUGGUUACCAGUCAAGUCCGGUCGCAGUGAGCAGCAAUGGAUCGCAUACAGCAGCUUUCUCGAACUCGAUUUCCAACACGAUCUCACAUCAAAAUACGACCCCCGGAACAUCAAUCUCCACGGGGAUGAGCCCGCGCGCGACCGGUGGCAUAGAUCAUCCAGACGUCUCGCCUGCGAUGGCGUUUGCGCCUCAGCAACAAGUUUAUCACUCUGGUGCCGGUGAACAACCCGUCAGUUUCGAUCGAUCUGCGUGUCAAACGGUAGAUCCCGUGGUACCCGCAGCGAUAAAGGGCGCGGCGAUGAAGGGCGGCGUCUUUGAAACUGACCCCCAGCUUCAGAUCGACUUCAUCUUAACAUUGGAAGGGCCGUGCCGUGAACAUACAGACUACCUCUGCCGACGGUCUGUGACCGAGGCCGACGACGAAGAUAUGCCAUUCUCGGGCCAUGCGCUCAUGGCAACCUGCCCACCCCCGAGCUACAUCGCCACGACCACAGCUGAAACGCCGUACCCGCACAAAGCCCCAAAUCUGCCACAUGCCAACCUUUCUACUCUCCUCAACCUCAGUCGACAGCUCGUGACGGACGGACAAAUCACCCCGAUUAUGGCUCUGCAAUGUCUCAAGAACCACGAGCUCUACCCCUCUCUCCGUCGCGAAGACAUCCGAAUCAUCAUUGAUACCCUUAACACCAAAGUGCGCUGCUAUGGAUUCGGUGCCGUCGUGGAAGACUUCGAGCUCAUGGAUUGCCUGAGCAGCGUACUGGGAACUAAGGUUGAUUUGGGCGUGACUCGUGUCCGCGGCGACUCCAUCUACGCAUGA